AUGGAGUUUACUCGCCGUUACCUGCCAAUGGAGUGGGAAGAGCGAUGGAGGAGAGAGAAGGAGAGGAGAAAAAGAGUGAUUGAUGAAGGUGGAGAAGGGAUAGAACAGGACAACCGUGAGCUGAGGAGGAUCGUGGCUUACAAUGACUCCAGGAUGGGGCUGACGAGUGGGAGGGAAAACAAAGAGGGGUCAGAGGUCAGGAUGAGCGGUGCUCGUCAGGAGAGUACUGGGGGCAUGAACAACGAGGCGUUUGGAGAUGAAGGACAUAACAUCCACAUGUGCUGCAGCAAAUCUUAUCCUAAAGAGGUGUUUGCAGCCCUGAAAGAAUUCUGGGAUUCGUCUCUUCUCACAGACCUCACUCUGACCACUCAGAAUGGGAACACCUUCCAUGUGCACUCCCUUAUCUUGGCUGCAGUCAGCGGCUUCGUUCGGGAGAGACUGAAGGAAAAAAGCAGAGAGCAAAAUGUAGAACAAUCUGACCGCAAUGAAGAUGUAGGAGUCGAGCGGUGGUCUGUACACUUGGGUGCUGGGGUUGAUCAUGUUGGGCUGUGGGCAGUUGUGGAGUUUGCCUACACUGGCGUUGUAUUGUCUUUAAACAAAGACACCAUGGCUCAAAUCAAGGCUGCAGCUCAAGUGUUGGUGGUUCCAAGACUGGUGGAGAUCUGUAACAAGAAGGAAAGAACAAAAGAAGUUGAUGGUGCCAAGAAGGAAGAGCAAACGAUCUCUACUCUAGAACAGAUGAAGAUUACCCUACAGUCCAUUGAGCAGCUGUGGGCAGACAGAGUUGGGUGUGAUGUAACUUUGAAUGUGGAUGGCAUGGUCUUUCAUGUUCACAAAGUUAUCCUGGCAGCAAGCAGCGACUACUUCCGAGGCAUGUUCACCUGUGGAAUGAAGGAGUCUCGUCAGACCUGUGUUGAACUUCCCUUCUUGUUGGCUCCUGAGUUUGAGGCACUUCUUGGCUGCUCCUACAGUGGAAUCCUUCGACUCGGUUGGGACUCUGUUUUCGAGAUCACCUGCAGGGCCCUCCAACUUCAGUUCCAGCCUGCUCUUUCAAUUUGCCUCAACUUCAUGCAACAAGAAAUACAGGCGGACUCCUGCCUUGACGUGGCAUCUUUUGCUGAAGCUUAUGGAAUGUCAGACCUCCUGGAGGAAGCCAAUGACUUUGUACUGAGGAACUUCAGGGAAGUGUCAUCUACAGCAAAGUUUCAGGAUCUAGCAGCAGAGAAGCUACUUGACUUCCUUUGCUGUGAUGGUCUGUGUGUGCCCUCAGAGUUGACUGUAUUUCGAGCUGUGAUCUCAUGGAUUGAGGCUGAUCCUGAAGAGAGAUUGCCCCAAGCUGGCCUGCUGAUGACUGGAGUUCGGUUCCCCCUCAUGACCUUUCGAGAGUUCAGGGAGGUCAGAGCCAUUAACUUGCGCAUGGAGUGUUUUGGAGAGAAAGAGGUGGAACUCUAUGGUUCAGCACUCAAGGAAUUUGGCUUCAGCCUUCCAAAAUCCCAGGAUUACUGUCGGGUGAGGCGACCCAAAGAUGUUGUGGUUCUUGUCGGGGGUGACCAGCUACACCCAGAUACGGGUCAUCGCAUACCGAGCAGGGAACUGUGGUUUGCAAACUCCCUACGUAGUGGCACAGGUUUAGUGAAGGAGAUCGAGUGGAGAAGUUUGGGUGAGAUUCCUGACAAGCCAAAGUUCAGGCAUGGAGUUGCAGUAAUGGAGGGGAUGCUCUAUGUAGUCGGGGGAUGUUACUUUUAUGCAAAGAAUGACAUGAUGAAAUCUGCCUACAGAUACGACCCUGUGAAGGACAGCUGGAAGAGGCUGGCUGACAUGCAAGAGUUGAGAAGUAACUUCUCAGUGGUGGUACUUCAGGAGCGCCUCUAUGCCGUCGGUGGAGACAAGGAGAUCAAUGCCAACAUUGACAGCGUUGAGAUGUACAACCCAGACACUGAGUCCUGGAGCUUUGUAUUGCCCCUGGAUCAGGCUCUGAGUGGCUAUGGUGUCUCCAUCCUAAAUGAAGGGAUCUUCAUCUCUGGUGGCUUCAACUGUAAGUAUGUGUGUCUGGUUUCCAUGUUCUUGUACCAUCCAGAGAGAGGAACCACCUACCUGGCUGACAUGACGAAUGACCGGGCCCAGCAUUGCAUGGAAGCCCUGCAAGGCCAUCUUUAUGUCGCUGGUGGAGUGUGUAACCUGAGGAAGUUUUACACCGACCAACAAGCCUGCGAGGUGUACGAUCCUGUGGCCGACGCCUGGACGGCUUUUGCAUCACUGCCUGUGCCUCAUGUUGGUGCAGCCUCAGUCAUCCUGGAGGAGAAGUUCUAUGUACUGGGAGGAUACUGCCAGGAUGACUAUAGUGAGUCUGGACUGGUCCAUCGCUUUAAUCCCAGCACUCAGCGGUGGGAGAACAUGGGCAAACUGUCAGGGGCUGUUACCGACGUUCGGGCCUGUCUGCUCCGAUUACCUCAGCACCUCAGACAGUAAAUGAUACACACCAGUAGAUUAAAUCCACUGUAGCUGUUGUAAUCAGAAGAGCUGAAUAUUGAAGUAUGGCUAAGGUAUUAAAAUACAUGUUUGAAAUUCAGAAGCUUUUGAGUCGAUUAUGACAGAUUUCAUGUGGAUAGAAGUCCAUAGUGACAUAUUGUAGUACUUUUUGAAAAGAUAUAGCACUGUAGCACAU